UUGUUGUCAUACCACGUCACCUACGUGGUUUUUCUUCUAGACAGAUGACCAUGAGGACGCACACAAAAUUAUACUUCCUUGUUUAUGUGACCAGCUCUAUUCUUCACUACUCGUGUCCUGCUCAGGCGAAGAACUUUCCAGUGAAUACAAAGGAAUGUGGAUUGUCCGAUCCAGUAGGCAGAGUUAUAAAUGGGAAGUAUAUAACGAAAUCCCAAGUUCCAUGGGUGAUCUUCCUUAGUAGGGUAUACCAUGGAUAUCUCCGAUACUGCACUGGAACCAUUAUAACAAAUAACGUCAUUGCAACAGCAGCUCACUGUGUUGAAUCAAGAGGCGAAACAAUUCUGAAGAUGCACGUUUACUACAAUACCUCGAUUCCCAAAGGAGGUACAUGCGUGACUGUGGAACGAGGGAUUAUUCACGAAAAGUAUGUAAGACCAGAACACGGAUACGACAUUGCCCUCAUACAGCUUGUCAAACCGAUUCCGGGCUUCAGCAGAUUCGUGAGACCUGUUUGUCUCCCUCGUGAAAGCUCGAAGACCCCUGCUCGUUCCUUGCUUGUGGUUGGAUUUGGUGCUAUUGAUUUCAAUCAUACCGACUCGAAGCACCUGCAGUACUACGUAACAAAGCCUCUGUCAGACGAAAAUUGUGAUGUUGCUUUGAAGCAUCGAAGAAUACACGCGACUAGUGACCGUGUAAUCUGUGGUACAAGUAGCCACCAGAGAGCAUGGAAGGGUGACUCCGGUGGACCGCUAACGGCUGUAUCCAAGAGCGGGAAGUCGACUCUGUACGGAAUGGUGUCCUUUGGCUCAAGGAGAAGAAAAGCGCAUGCCCCGACGGUGCAUACACGGAUUUCGGCAUUUGUUCCCUGGAUACGGAAGUCACUGAGAAAUAUACAAAGCUGGAAACCCGUCGUUGCUCAGCUCGCUGCAAAUGCAAAAGAAGACCAUUCCUGCACGUGGUAAGAUGUUCACCAUCCAUGACAUGACACUUAU